AAAACCGUCCAGCCGCCGACUUCAAACCAGAAGUUCAGCAGAGGAGAGUGGAAGUUGGAUACUGAAUGGUCAAGGGGCCCAGAGGAAUUUAAUAGGAGUCAGGAUUUUGGAGACUUGGACGACCAGACAGCGGCUUCUCUUUGGAUUUCUUGCCUGUUACCGGUCUUGGUCUUCUCUCUUCAGACUUCACAAUGAAUGUGCAGGCUUGCUCUAGGUGUGGGUACGGAGUGUACCCUGCUGAGAAGGUCAACUGUCUAGACCAGAUAUGGCACAAAGCUUGUUUUCACUGUGAAGUUUGCAAGAUGAUGCUAUCAGUGAAUAACUUUGUGAGUCACCAGAAAAAGCCAUACUGUCACGCCCAUAACCCCAAGAACAACACUUUUACAAGUGUCUAUUACACUCCAUUAAAUCUAAAUGUGCAGAAACCUCCAGAGGCCAUUUGUGGGAUCGGUGGCCAGGAGGAUGGUGAACGGUUUAAGUCGGUUUUUCACUGGGACAUGAAAUCCAAGGAUGAGGCCGCCGCACCUAACAGGCAACCACUGGUGGAUGAGAGAGCCUAUUGGAGUGGAUACAGGGAAGGGAAUGCCUGGUGCCCAGGAGCUCUGCCAGACCCUGAAAUCGUAAGGAUGGUGGAGGCACGAAAGUCACUGGGUGAGGAGUAUCCAGAGGACUGUGAGCAACAGAGAGGCAAAGGGAGUUUUCCAGCCAUGAUCACACCUGCUUAUCAAAGGGCCAAGAUCGCCAACCAGCUGGCCAGCCAAGUGGAGUACAAGAGAGGGCAUGAUGAGCGCAUCUCCAGGUUCAGCACAGUGGCGGAUACCCCUGAGCUGCUCCGGGCCAAGGCUGGGGGACAGCUUCAAAGUGAUGUGAGAUGCACAGAGGCCUAUGAACAGCAGAGAGGGAAAGGCAGUUUUCCUGCUAUGAUCACACCUGCUUAUCAGAUAGCCAAAAGGGCCAACGAGCUGGCAAGCGAUGUGAGAUACCAUCAACAAUAUCAAAGAGAAAUGAAGGGAAUGGCUGGCCCUGCUGCUGGAGCUGAGGGCCCAUUGCCAAAGGAUUACAUGGACCAGUAUGGCCAGCAGGGUUACUCAGAAGAGUAUGGCGAGCACAGAGGAAAGGGCAGCUUCCCAGCCAUGAUCACCCCAGCUUAUCAGAAUGCCAAGAAAGCCAACGAACUCGUUAGUGAUAUAAAAUACAGGCAGGACUCCAAUAAGAUGAAGGGCGCUGCUCAUUAUCAUUCCCUCCCAGCCCAGGACAACUUGGUUCUGAAGCGGGCUCAGAGCGUGAACAAGCUCGUGAGUGAGGUGGCGUAUAAGAAGGAUCUGGAAAGUAGUAAAGGUCAUAGUAUCAACUACUGUGAAACGCCUCAAUUCAGGAAUGUGUGCAAGAUUUCAAAAUUCACCAGUGAUAAUAAAUAUAAAGAAAACUACCAGAACCGCAUGAGAGGCCGCUAUGAAGGAGUCGGGAUGGACAAACGGAUGCUCCAUGCUCUGAAAGUUGGAAGCCUGGCAAGCAAUAUCGCCUACAAGGCUGAUUAUAAACAUGAUGUUGUCGACUACAACUACCCGGCCACUCUUACCCCUUCCUAUCAAACAACAAUGAAACUGGUUCCCUUGAAAGACGUCAACUACAGGCAAAGCAUCGACAAGCUGAAGUACAGCUCUGUGACCAACACUCCUCAGAUUGUUCAAGCCAAAAUCAAUGCCCAGCAACUGAGUCAUGUGAAUUACCGUGCUGACUAUGAGAAAAACAAGUUGAAUUACACGUUGCCCCAGGACGUCCCUCAGCUGGUGAAGGCCAGAACCAAUGCAGAAUUGUUUAGCGAGGUUAAGUACAGAGAAGGCUGGGAGAAGACAAAGGGGAAAGGAUUUGAGAUGAAGCUGGAUGCCAUGUCUCUGCUGGCUGCCAAAGCUUCCGGAGAGCUUGCAAGCAAUAUUAAAUACAAAGAGGAGUAUGAAAAAGCAAAAGGCAAAGUCCUAGGAACUACAGACUCGAGGCUGCUGCACUCCCUUCAAGUUGCCAAGAUGAGCAGUGAGGUUGAAUACAAGAAAGGCUUUGAAAAGAGUAAGACCCACUUUCACCUGCCCAUGGACAUGGUCAACAUCAGGCAUGCUAAGAAGGCCCAAGCUCUGGCCAGUGACCUGGACUACAGGAAAAAACUGCAUGAAUACACUGUGCUGCCCGAAGAUAUGAAGACUCUCUGGGCCAAGAAAGCCUACGGGCUCCAGAGCGAGCUGCAGUACAAGGCUGACCUGGCGUGGAUGAAAGGGGUCGGGUGGCUGACCGAGGGCAGUCUCAACUUGGAACAGGCCAAGAAGGCCGGACAGCUGGUCAGCGAGAAAAACUACAGGCAGAGGGUCGAUGAGCUGAAGUUCACCAGUGUGGCCGACAGCUCCCAGAUGGAGCAUGCCAAGAAGAGCCAGGAACUGCAGAGCGGGGUGGCCUACAAGGCAGAGCACGAGCAGUCCGUCCAUCAGUACAGCAUUAGCAAAGACGAGCCUCUCUUCCUACAGGCCCGAGCCAACGCUGCCAAUCUCAGCGAGAAACUGUAUAAGAGCAGCUGGGAAAACCAGAAGGCGAAAGCGUUUGAUCUGCGUCUUGACUCCUUGGCCUUCCUGGCAGCCAAAGCCAAGAGGGACCUGGCCAGUGAGGUGAAGUACAAAGAGGAUUAUGAAAAAUCCAGAGGGAAGCUCAUUGGAGCUCAGGGUGCCCAGGGGGAUUCGCAAAUGAGCCACUCGCUGCAAAUGUCCAAGCUCCAGAGUGAACUGGAAUACAAGAAGGGCUUCGAGGACACCAAGGCUCAGUGCCACGUCCCCCUGGACAUGAUCCACCUCGUGCACGCCCGCAAGGCUCAGCACUUAGCCACAGACAUAGGCUACAAGACGGCAUCCCAUCACUUUACAGCUUUGCCCACAGACAUGAAGGUGGAGUGGGCCAAGAAGGCUUACAGUUUACAGAGUGAUAACCAAUACAGGGCAGAUGUGAAGUGGAUGAAAGGGACGGGCUGGGUCGCCACCGGGUCAUUAAAUGUGGAGCAGGCGAAGAAGGCAGGAGAACUCAUUAGCGAGAAGAAGUACCGGCAGCAUCCAGAUGCUUUGAAGUUUACCAGUAUUAAAGACACUCCGGAGAUGGUCCAGGCCAGAAUUAGUUAUACCCAAGCAGUGGAUAGGUUGUACCGAGAACAAGGAGAAAACCUAAAGCAUCGCUACACGCAGACUGCUGACCUCCCUGAAGUCCUGCUGGCCAAGCUGAAUGCCAUGAAUAUCAGCGAGACACGUUAUAAGGAAUCCUGGAGCAAACUUCGAGACGGUGGCUAUAAACUGAGACUGGAUGCCAUUCCAUUCCAGGCAGCAAAGGCUUCUGGGGAAAUCAUAAGUGAUUACAAAUACAAAGAGGCAUUUGAGAAAAUGAAAGGGCAGAUGCUCGGCUCCCGGAGCUUGGAAGAUGAUAUCAGCCUUGCACAUUCAGUGUACGCGAGCUCUCUGCAGAGCCAAGUGAAUUACAAGAAAGACUUUGAACACUCAAAGGCGCAGUUCCAUCUGCCGUUGGACAUGGUAACCCUGGAGCAUGCCAAGAAGGCUCAGACCCUGGCCAGCAACCAGGACUACAGACACCCGCUCCCCCAGUACACGUCCUUGGCUGAGGACCUGAGGCUUAGCUGCGCCAAGAGAGCUCACAAGUUGCAGAGUGAGAAUUUGUACCGGUCCGACCUGAACUUUAUGCGAGGUGUUGCCUGUGUCAUUCCAGGCACGUUAGAGAUUGAAGGGAGAAAGAGAGCAUCUGAACUCAUCAGUGAGAGUAAAUAUCGUCAGCAUCCCCAGUCGCUCAAGUACACAGCCGUGACAGACACACCCAGCCUCACUCAUGCAAAACUCAGCAACCAGAUUACAAACGAGCGCCUCUAUAAAGCAGCAGGAGAAGAUGCGAGACAUCAGUACACAAUGACCCUGGGCCUGCCCGAGUUUGUCCGAGCAAAAGCAAACGCGGCCAAUCUGAGUGACGCAAAAUACAAGGAGUCUUGGAGGAAUCUCCAUGCUCAAGGCUACAAGCUGACAAUAGAUGCUCUGCCCUUCCAGGCGGCUCGAGUCUCUGGAGACAUAGCCAGUGAUUUUCUCUACAGACAUGACUUUGUGAAGGAGCGAGGACGGCUGAUCGGGGCCCAGAGCGUGAGUGACGACCCCCGGCUCCGGCACUGUCAGCGGAUGGGCCAGCUACAGAGCGAGCUUCAGUACAGGAGGCAGGCGGCGGGCAGCAGAGCGCAGUGCCACCUGCCCAUGGACAUGGUGCCACUGGUCCACGCCAGGAAGGCCCAGGCCCUGGCCAGCGACCUUGACUACAGGACACGGUGCCACGCGUUCACGGCGCUGCCCGAGGACCUGAAGAUGGCCUGGGCCAAGAAGGCUCAUGCCCUGCAGAGUGAGUUGCGCUACAAGUCGGACCUGAUGGGCAUGAAGGGGACAGGAUGGCUGGCGCUGAGUUCCCCACAGAUAGAAAGUGCAAAGAAAGCCGGAGAACUCAUCAGUGAGACCAAAUACCGUAAAAAACCAGACACCAUCAAGUUUACCACAGUGGUUGACUCCCCGGACCUAGUUCAUGCCAAGAACAGCUACAUGCAUUGCAAUGAGCGCCUGUACAGGUCAGGGGAUGCUGAAUCCCGACACAGGUACACCCUGGUGCCCGACCACCCCGAUUUCACCAGGGCCCGCCUCAACGCCCUGCAUCUGAGCGACAAAGUCUACAGACACUCCUGGGAGCAGACCCGGGCUGGCGGCUACGACUUCAGGCUGGAUGCCAUCCCAUUCCAGACGGCACGGGCGUCGAGGGAGAUCGCCAGUGAUUUCCGGUACAAAGAGGCCUUCCUACGGGACCGGGGCCUGCAGAUUGGGUACCGCAGCAUCCAUGACGACCCGAGGAUGAAGCACUUCCUCAGCGUCGGCAGACUCCAGAGUGACAACGAGUACAAGAAGGACUUCGCCAAGAGUCGGUCCCAGUUCCACAGCCGCCCAGACCAGCCCGGCUUCCUCCAGGCCAAGAGGAGCCAGCAGCUGGCCAGCGACGUGCACUACAGGCAGCCCCUGCCCCAGCCCACCUGCGACCCAGAGCAGCUGGGCCUGAAACACGCGCAGAAGGCCCACCGGCUGCAGAGUGAUGUCAAGUACAAAUCAGACUUGAACCUGACCAGAGGUAUUGGCUGGACACCUCCUGGCUCCUACAAAGUGGAAAUGGCUCGGCGGGCUGCAGAGCUGGCCAACGCGAGGGGCCUGGGUCUCCGAGGGGCUUACGGGGGGCCGGAGGCUGUGGAGCCCGGAGAUGAUCAGAGGGGGUUUGUAAACCCAGAUGCCACCGAGAUUCUGCACGUCAAAAGGAGGAAGGCCCCGCUGUUCUGAGUGGGCGGCGUCCACCCUUGGUCCUUGGGAGAGAAGCUGGAGAGGAAGUCUGCACGCCAGAGACGUGGCUUCAGUCGGAGCCAGCUGAAAAUGGCACCCCUGCCCUAGUCCUCCUUUAUUAAAAUAACAGCUCCCUGGAAAUGGGUGGAGAA